UCGCAUGCCUGCGGUCGAUGCUUAGCGGUGCAUUUUUGAUCGCUCUCACCUUCUGUAAAAGGUGGGGCCGCCAGAUCGUUGGCUCAGUCUCUAGCCCAGCUGCAGUCGGACAGCAGCGAUCUUGUACCUGCCGGCAUCAGCUGCCCUGGUAUGUCGACAUAACCUACCUAAAAACAACAGAAACGAUUGUAGCUGCAAACUUCGCUUCUUCUUUUCCUCUGGCAGUGAAUCUACUUGGAGCGAGCGUUGCUGUGAAUUACCGUAAGAUCUGUGAGUGAAAUGGCGAACGCUCCGGAAGUGAUCCUCGUGCGACCACCGCCAGACGUCCCGCAAGAUGUCUUUCUGGACUUUGAUGACACAAAAAGGGAGCAAAACGGGGUGGAGGAUGGGGAGGGAGGAGAGCUAGAGGUCCAGCGAGCUCCCAGUCCACAAUUUUCCACCACUUCCACCGUCAGCGGUGCUGAGAUGGAUCUGAACACUGACGACGAGGGAUUGGAUGAGAGAGAUAGGGUGGGGCAGGUACGGCAGGCAUCGUCUGGGGUGGGAAGGGACCAACUCAUCGCCAUGGAAACCACUGAGGAGACUGAGGUAGUUGCCACGACGACAGGUACGUGGGAGAGGUUUGAGCCGGCACCUUCGCAGUCUCAGUGGGAGACAUUUGAGCAUUCGGGCAACGGGACAAGCGAGGGAACUCGGGACGCGGAAACCAAUGGAACCAGGGGGUCAGCGGACGGUGCAACUGCACUGGAUCCCAAAACUAAACCGGCCGGUCAAUCUGCGGAUGGGACGGGACCAGUAUGUGCAGCGGACGCAAUGGUCAGUUCGGGAUGGACUGCUCUCGGUGCAGGCGUUGCCCCGUUUGAUGAUGACGAGGACGAGGAGGGAGAGAAGAACUUGCCGUACAGACUCACCCGCAGCAUGCGUGCCACCACCAAUCGCAAGGUGCAGAUUGUCGACUCCCUCAAACAGCAGCGUCGCCUUAGCAACACCAGUCUGGACCGAGAUCCGUCGAGGGGAGGGGGAGGCCCCUUCGCUAACGAGGACGAGCUGAGUCGGAGGUACAAUGUGGAGAGAGAAUGGCAAGUCUUGGUCAAGAUGAACAAGAGGGUUCCCGGAACUCGGAGCAAAUGGCUGCCAGUGAGUGUCCAUGUAAAGAACGGGGAGCUGGUGAUAAAGAAGUCCUCCCCUCCCUCCCUCUCCUCCUCCUCCUCCUCUCCUCUCCCUCCCUCUCCUCCCAUCCAUGAGUUCAGACUGAGUCACAACCACACCAUGACGGAGCCAAUCGCCAGAUCCUACGACAGGAAGACAAAACUCCAUCAGAUAAAGCUUCGCCAGUCAAGAAUCCAGGAGAAGAGGACUCUCAAAAGAUGGCUGUUUGUCGACCACGUCACUAGGGUCCACACCGUCGUCAAGAUCGGCUGUCCCGACCUGACAACAAUCACGUCGCUAUCGGAAACCAUCUCCGAGGCGAUACGUCAACUACCCAUCAAUCGCCAGGUGGGCGUGGCCUACAGAAUGAACGAGGUGUUUGUCGACGUGAAAGAUCAGGCCGAAAUACUCAUGAAUUGCGAUGGAGCCGUUUUGGAGCGAACGUCACUUGAUCGCGUCUACCUCCAGGCGUUUAUCACGAAUCUGCCGCAGUGUCGCCUAGUGCUGAAUGACAUCGAAGCUCUUCUGUUGCUAGGGCGAGGUAGCAUGACGACGAGCAUGUCACGCCAGGUUCGACUGACCGAUGUUGUUCUUCACCCCUGCGUGGACCAGGCACAGUACAAGGCAACGAGGGAGCUCGUGUUUACUCCAAUUGACGGCUACCCAUUCGAGGUACUCCGCGCCAGCGUGGAGCCGUACAAAAGCCCACCAAUCACCGUGACAGCGCUCAUGGAGUACAACGAGCCGCGAAACACCGUUUCCAUGACGGCGAAAUUCAGUGUCCGAAAGAAGUUCGACGUUCGCCAGGAGCCAAUCUCGAACCUGAUGCUCAAGUUUCCCGUUCCGUCAAACUGGUCAGGCCUGUUUAUGGCAGACUCCCCGUUCGGGGGGAAAAGGUCGGUCCAAUCUACUAGUGCCCUCCGCGGCAGUUUCAGGAGAAAGGUCCGCAGCUCCUCCGCCUAUAUUCAGGUGUACAUGGGAUCAGCGAAGUACGAGUCGGAGCACUCGGCAGUGGUGUGGAGAAUUGGGAGCUACCAGAGAUCGGAAACUGCCCACACCUUCCGCUGCAACAUACAACUCAAACAAGGCAUGACGAGGCCGACAAUCACUGAUGAACACUGUGAGGUGUCCUAUUCCAUUCCCGGCAGCUCCACUGGUCUCGAGAUCCGGACAUUCAAGGCUGAGGGGCAUAACCCUGAGAGAUGGGUUAAAUAUGAAAUCAACUACAAGUACAAAGUUCAGAUGUUUCCCGAUCUCUCCAUCGACUGAUGACAACCACCUUAUUUGGUCAAUGAUGCAAUGACCUUGGAUACUAAAAAUAGAACAAUCUGCGAUAUAAUUAGUUGUAUGUAUUUUUACUCCACACUGUAUUGCUUUUGACUUGUACCAGCUGGAAUCAUGUAUAUACAUAAUUAUAAUUAUUAAAUACGCACCAUUACUAUAAGACCAAUGCAUUUUUGGCU